AUCCACCGCAUCGCUCUCUCACCGGGACAGGGCAGACUUUUCGCCGGAUUUUCCCGAGGCGCAUGCGUCCCCACGGGCAGGCGGCGAAUAUCGGUUAGUUUUUCCAAAGAAGCAAAAAGCCCUCCUUCGACACUGACACGGACUGCAGCACUGGUUGGAAAACCUACCGAGAAAAGACUCAUACUCAUCAUCGUCGGUCUUUAUGGUCGGUUCGGAACGCUUUUUUUUGGAAAAUUUCUGGUGAAAAUUUGUGAUUUUGUGGCGAUUGCGGUUCGCCCUGGAUUAGAUUGGUUCUCUCGGUGCGUCGGCGGAACGAUCAACGGUGUGACGGAUUGUGCCGUGGCUGUGAAAAGAUUGCGGUUCACACCGAAACGAGCGAGUGUGUCCAGUCAAGGAUGAGCCUCCGGAUGUAGGAAGAUUUUCCAGACGGCACACACAGGUGUACAGCAGCGAGAGCUCCUUCAUAUAGUUUUGUCCAUGUGAAGAAAAUUUUCGUAAGCCGUGGAUCAACAUCAUCAAUAGCAGCAAUUGUAGGAGCACGGCUCACGCAGAGAAAGACGGCACCCCUUUUGAGUGCGAGAGCGAGACGGUGAGCGAACGUGACAGUUAUAGCCGUGAGGGAACGUGACACGCACGGAAAGCGUUAACAGACGGACGGACGGUAGGACGGGCACACACAAUACGGCGGCUCUCUUUCUCAGGGUGUGGUGGUAUGGUGUCAUAAACCAACUCUACGGUCAGCUGUCACGAAGACAUCAGGAUUGCUUUAUACAAGGGAGAGACCGGAAUAACUGGCGAAAGCAUUACCACGAAGUGUGAAAACGUGUUUGCAGACGAAGAAAACAAUUCGAUUCCCUUUAGCGUCACAUCACGGAUCCUUUUAGUGAGUAGUACUAUCGUUGCGAGCAGAUAUAAAAAGGUGUUCAUUACCAUUAAACUUCAACCAUAUAAUCUGUAAUUACUGUUAGUCACACGAACACGCAAGCUCUAUAUAUAAUUCAAGUGCGGGGUUUAAGGUAGGAUACACAAAACCGACAAAAUGAAUGAGUUGGAAGCACUUAGACAGGAAGCGGAAACGCUAAAGAAUGCUAUCCGUGAUGCCCGAAAGGCGGCUUGUGACACAUCCCUAGUCCAGGCGACAAACAGCUUGGAACCGAUAGGUAGGAUACAGAUGCGGACCAGACGUACCCUGCGCGGACACUUAGCUAAGAUCUACGCCAUGCACUGGGGAUGUGACUCUAGGAACUUGGUAUCCGCCUCGCAGGACGGUAAACUGAUCGUUUGGGACUCUCAUACGACAAACAAGGUCCAUGCGAUCCCGUUGCGAUCGUCCUGGGUCAUGACCUGUGCGUACGCGCCUUCCGGUAAUUUCGUAGCCUGCGGAGGAUUGGACAAUAUUUGCUCGAUCUACAAUCUUAAAACCAGAGAAGGCAACGUACGGGUGUCACGGGAACUACCCGGCCACACUGGGUACCUAUCGUGUUGUCGAUUCCUAGAUGAUACUCAAAUCGUCACCAGCUCAGGGGACAUGUCCUGUGGGCUGUGGGACAUCGAAACCGGUCAACAGUGCACAUCGUUCCUCGGACAUACCGGUGACGUUAUGGCACUAUCUGUCUCGCCGCAGUGCCGCGUGUUUGUCUCCGGAGCGUGCGACGCUUCCGCCAAACUGUGGGACAUCCGGGAGGGACAGUGUAAGCAAACGUUCCCGGGGCACGAGAGCGAUAUCAACGCCGUCACAUUCUUCCCGAAUGGGCACGCGUUUGCGACCGGUUCCGAUGACGCCACCUGUCGGCUGUUCGAUAUACGUGCCGAUCAGGAACUGGCCAUGUACUCCCACGAUAACAUCAUCUGCGGUAUUACCUCGGUAGCGUUCUCCAAAUCGGGCCGACUUCUCCUGGCCGGGUACGAUGACUUCAACUGCAACGUGUGGGACACACUGAAAGCGGAACGGGCCGGUAUCCUCGCAGGCCACGAUAAUCGCGUUUCCUGUUUAGGCGUUACGGAAAACGGAAUGGCCGUCGCCACCGGGUCAUGGGACUCGUUCCUGCGGGUAUGGAACUAAGAUGUGUAGGCAUUUUUUUAAAUAAUAAUUAAACUUAACUAUACUGUAACGAGAAUCACAUUUUUAUAUAACAAGGAACCCUAAUCGUAAGCAACCAAAAGGAACCACAAAAUUCACAAAUAGAAGAAAAACUCUAGCGAGAAAUAUUAAAUUACCAAAGCGAAAAGAAUAAAUUCAACACACAAAUAUUUAAAAUAGUAUGUAACUUUGUGAAGUAAGAUAUAUUUUGAGCAUUGAUUCGUUGUCUCUUUGCGUACAAAAAUUAGAGCGAUCGGUUCAAAACUCGAGAUUUGUUGUACCGUCGUUUUCAACCGCUUCCUUUCUCUCUCUCUGAAACUAAUUAACAACCUUUAAACUGUUAAUUGAUUACGCGUAUUCGCUUUCCUUUCGAUCGAUUGUACUGAUUUUAGUUUCUUUUCUUUCAAAUGUACAACACUACAUAACUAAUAAUACAUGACACUCACUCAAACACAAUCGUGCAAAGUUAAUAGAUUGAUAGGGAAUCCCAUGUAUCAUAUUUCAUCGUUCUUAUAAGCAAAUAAAAGUAACGGAAAUGUUAUGCGAAGAAAAGCACCACUGGACUGUGGUGGGUUUUCUCAGUGUAACCGCUAUGCUUGUUAGACUGGUUCAUGAUUGAGCGCAAAACGUGACUGUAAUUAUUCAAUUAUUUACGAUUAUAACCAACUUCUGGGCAUCCUCACACUUCUGCUGAUAUAGUUGAACAUGCAUUUUGGGCUGCAUUCUGAAUUAACUGGCAGCUCUUUUGUUGUCCGAGAAUCGACACUGAAAUAGGCUGAUCUAUAGUGGUACUCAAAUAUGAAUAGAAAAACAAAUAUGAAAGAAUAAAACAAGUCGCACAAAUUCGUAGGCAGUAGGGCAGUUCAGAUUUCAAAACUGUUAAAAAUUCAAAGCUCCCAUAUGAUCAUUACAAUUCUUGGUGCAAAACUAGAGUCCUGUAAAAUUUUCAGCCAUUUUGGUGGUUAUUCAAUGGUGGCCCAAGAGCAAAACAGGUUUUUAAUGGGAAUUAUUAUGGAGAAUUUUCAAAAAAAGUUCUCCGCGUUGUAGAGCCUUCACACAUGGAUAAAGUCAUAGGAUCAAAGUCAAAUUGAUUUCUUCAGAUCUCAAUGAUGAAUGUUUCCGAAGACCGGAACUUAUUCCGACAAUCGGCAAAAAAAGAUAUUCAGGCUUAUUCUGCGCGGCGUGUGAGGUGAGACGGACAGUUUCGUCCCACGUGACGUGAGACGACUAAUGUAAAUCAAAUGGGGCGAGUCGACUUUUGUCACCUCAUUCGACUCGUCUCACCUCAUACGCCGCGCAGAAUAAACCUGAUUAAACAAAUUCUCGCUCGCAUGCCCAUCUUCAAACACGAUGUCUUGCAAGGUGUACAAGAAGGUAACACGCAUACUAUGAUUGCGUGUCAAGCGUGUCGGUCGAGAUGUGGUCCUCUGUUCAAGCAUGCAUGGAUGAAUAUUAAUUAAUAACUUUUGUCUCGUGAGUCGAAAAGAGUUGCGGUCUUCGGCAACAUCCAUCAUUGAGAUUCGAAAAAUUCAACAUGACUUUGAGCCUAAAACGUGGAGAACCUUUUUUGAAAAUUCUCUAUAGUAAUUCCCAUAUAAACCUAUUUUGCCUUUGUGCCAGCAUUAAAUUACCACCAAAAUUACAAAUUACAAUUAAAUUACAAAAUUUUACAGGACUCUAGUUUUGCACCAAGGAUUGUAAUGAACAUAUGGGAGCUACAAAUUUUUAACAUGUCUGAAGUCUGAACUGCCCUAGUGGUCCCAGACUGCUGUUAUGAGAAUUGCCUUCUUUCCGUCCGUUACCAAAGCACAGAGACUUGGGGCUAAUCACUGACUCAAAGACAAGCUAGACGCAAUCCCACAACCAUCGAAAUUGUCCUGCUCCCGUCUUUGCGACAGCUGAGGGAUGGGAAAAGAAGAUUUAUUGGACACCUAAGAAGGGUAUGCAGAGACCUUUACGUCCUCUCAGGCCUAGGUAUCACGAGAAUUUGGGUUUUGCUAGUGGAAGGGUUAAGGCCAAAGGAUACGUUUGGUCAAAGUUUAGGCACCAAACUGAUAUAGAAGAACAAACUCACCAAAUCAUAC